GUGGGAGGCGAUGAAGCACAAUCCCAGACUAGUUUUGGAGUGGUGCGUUGAAGAGCAGGCGAUUCUUGAAGAGGGUCUCAGUAUUCUUCUGAAACACCUCUGUUUCGAUAUGCGAAAAUUGCCUCACAACUGCAGGGGAAGUCUGCGAGAGAUGUAGCCUUGAGGUGUAGAUGGAUGAGUCUUUCCGGUGGUGGCUUGUUACAUAAAUGGAUCAGAUUUUGUAAAGGGAUCAGUUGAAGGUGCAGAUUACAGGUUUAAUUCAGAUAAUGAUAUUCUGUGCGGAAAAGGAAAGCACAAAGAGGAGGAAAGAAGAGGAUACUAAUCCCAGGAAAAGCAAAGAUAAACGGGAGCGGGUGACAGACCCUUUAGCAAAAGCAUCAUCUCAUUUGGGAAGACGUCCUCCAUAUUUGCCGAUGCUUCCUUUGGUCAAUGAUGAUGAAAUCUCAUAUAAAGAUAUUGAUCCACCAAUGAGAAAGCUCCUUGAGAAUAACGAUCAAAUAUUCAAGAAAGUGCAUGUAAACCUGAGUAACUUACAGGUACAGGAAAACAUUCAACUGUUAUGCCAAGCGCGGGACAACUUGAAUAGCGUCAUGAUCAAAGUGUAUGCCACCCCCGAAAUGGCAAUGCAAAUGCCACCAUUUCCAGCAAAGAUAAACAUAGAGCUCACGAACUCUAUCCUCCCAAGUAGGAUAAAUACAAACCUCAAAUGAGAUGCUGGACUUGUCAAAAGGAUUUGGGUUCUCUCAUCAGGUUGAAGAACAAAAUCAUACAUCGGCAUUAUCCAAAACCCUUGUUCAUUUUCGGAUCAGUAGGUAGGAGAAGUCCCCUUUUUACCUCUAUCAGUCGGUUUGUAAUCUUCAUUCAGCUUAGCUCAUACUUUAGUUGUACAAACUCGUGCAGUGUGGGCUUAUGUAGAUAUAUAGUUCUUGUAGAUAUAAGAUAGGGCUAGACAGUUUUGUAAGAUACAGGAUGUUACAUUAACUUGUCCAAAAGAAAAUAAUCUGCCUGCCUACACACUGUAUAUUCCUUAGUUUCUGGUUGCUGAAUCAAAAGCUGUAAAUACAGUUAGAUUACUCAA